AUGACAUAUGCUCGAGAUGACUAUGAUACUAGAGCUCUUGACUAGUUCGCUAUGACUCUUAAGCCAGAUGAAGAUGAAGGACAGAUCACUGACGUUUUAUCAAUACAAAAGUAGGCUUAAUUGCAAGAGGCAUAGGCAGCAAGAAUGAGCUAAGCUGAAAGGAAAGAAACUAUAAAAGUGAUUCUCUAAAAAUAAAGAGGACCAAGAGAUCCAAAAAAUGCCUCAGGAGCAAGGAAAGUUGACUUUAAAUAUGAUGAAAUGCUUGAGUUAAAAAAGAAAUUAAACAAAGUCUUGAAGAAUAAAGGAGCUUACAAUAACUUUGACUACUUUCAGUAGGAGCAAACUAAAUUAGAAGAAAAAUAAAAGGAAAAUUAGAAAAAGGAUUAAAAGAUUUCCAAGUAUUAGCUUAAAAAAAAUAAGGGAAUAUUGGUUGAAGAUAUUUCUUAAGAUUCUGACAAACCGAUAAAGAAUCCAAUUAAUGAAGAUGAUGACGAAGCUAUGUAUGAAUUUGAAUUUCAAUUAAGGAUGCUGAAGAGAGAUAGAAGAGACUCUGAAAGAAUUGUUAAUAAUAUCUCUCGGCACUCUUCUAGACCCUUAAGUCAAAACUUACUUGAUCAAGACAUCAAAAAUAACAGUUAGCAGACGGAAAGAAGAGGAAGUCGAAGAAUAUCUACAUUUGGGAAUAAAAAGAUCAGAGGAAAUAAUAAAGAUCUAGAUUUUUUGGAUUCAAAAGAGGAUCUUUAAGAAGGCAAUUAGAAUAUAAAAUUAAUUGAAAUAACUCAAGAGGACUUAGAUGAAAAUAGCGCAACUUAGCAAAUAAAAAUUAAAUUAAAUGAAAAUAAGUACUCAAAAACUGCUGCUUAAUUUUUCAAUCAGAGAAAAAGUGAUAAUAAUCUCAGUAGAUAAGGCAGGUUAUCAUUACCAGGAACUAGUGGAGCUUAAUGA